CGAGGAGAGAGAGAGAUGGCGUCGGCAGCAGCGGCGACGCCGGCGGCGGCGCCGGCGCCGGCGACGGAUGUUUUGGGGGAGGUGAUCGCGAUCCACAGCCUCGAGGCGUGGACCAUCCAGAUCGAGGAGGCCAACGCCGCCAAGAGGCUGGUGGUGAUUGACUUCACUGCAUCAUGGUGCCCGCCAUGCCGCAUCAUCGCUCCAAUUUUUGCUGAUCUUGCCAGGAAGUUUCCGCAUGUUGCUUUUCUGAAGGUUGAUGUUGAUGAACUGAAGCCAAUUGCUGAGCAAUUCAGUGUUGAGGCCAUGCCGACAUUCCUGUUUAUGAAGGAAGGAGAUGUUAAGGACAGGGUUGUUGGAGCUGCCAAGGAUGAACUGACGGCCAAGCUCGGGCUACACGCAACCGCAUGCGCGUAAUUACGUAGUCGAGUACUAUUCGCCUAAAUAAAAUGAUGGGUCACAUCUGAAUAAUGUAGUGCCUCUGUACUGGUACCUUGUAUGUUUGUGUUAACUGCUUUCUACUGCUUAGUUUGAGGAUAAUCCCUUUCUUGAUCCAAGCUAGUUCUUUUGCAUAUGAUCGGCUUAUGUCACAUGAGAUGCUUAAAUGGUGGUGAAUCAUGCCUGUUGCUUUGGUAA